UCCGUUCGCGCCGGUUUGUUUUGACAAGUCAUAAUACAGCUUUCGAAGAACGAAUUUUACGACAUGUCAAAGGGUGAUUUUACGUUAACGGUAAGGAAUAAUUAUCUACGACUUAGAGACAAGAAGGUGCAAAUUAAUGAUUGAGAUUUACAUCGUUGUUGCUGUGAUAGGAACGCUUAUUUACGCAUUGAUUAAAGUCACGAUCGACGAGUGGCUUAAAGAUUUAAGUAUGAGUCAACGUUGGAAGUUAUCACUGAAUAGAAAUCGCUACAAUGAUACAAAGGUACAUGUCAUAAAUGAGGAUCCAGUGGAAAUAUCAGAUGAUGAGAGCUUUGAUGAUUUAAAUAUACCAAAAGAGAAUGAAAAUAAUCCCACUAACAGUUUAAACAAUGUGCCAGAAUCUUUAUGUACAGAGAGCAGCUUGAAAUUCACGCAUGACAUAUCAGAUGAUUCUAGUGAUGAUAAAGAUUCAAAUAAUAAAGAUGGCACAGUUAAUAAAGUUUCCCUCCCUAAUACUUAUAGUAAAAGCCCAUCAUUGUUUAAUUGGAAUAAAACAAGCAUGCCUGGAAUGUCUUGGUAUCAAAACAGUACUUUAGCUGAGACUGAGGCUACUACCUCACAUAAUUCAAGACAUGUGGAGGAGAUAUUUGAAGAGACAUCCAAUAAGAGACAAAAGUUGAUGAUUGAUGUGACAGAAUCAUCAAGUGAUGAUGAUUUGGCAGUUUUAGACACUUUUAAGAAAGAAGCUUUGCCUCAAGUUGUAAAGCAUUAUGAAAUAAUGAUUGCUGCAACUAAAGUCAAGUUUCCUGUCGAACCAUAUAAACCACAAAAAGCAGUGAUGGACAAAGUUAUUAGGGGAUGCAACAAGGAGGAGAACUGUAUUUUAGAAAGCCCUACUGGUAGCGGUAAGACUUUGGCUCUUCUCUGUGGAGCUCUGGCAUGGCAGGAGCAGUAUAGUGAAAAAGUCCAUCGAGAGUCGGUCGAUGAAAUCAAUCCAGGGACCUCAUGUUGCGGCAAUGACGACAAUGACGGCAAUUUUUUCCUGAACUCGUCGCAAUACUUCGAUGAAGAAUGGCGCGAUAAAGUUUUGCGCAAAACGAAAGCAGCGCAGCACAUCCCGAAAGUGUAUUACGGAACGCGGACUCACAAGCAAAUCGAGCAAGUAGUCAGAGAACUGAAGAAGACCGCGUACAGAUACAAGAGGAUGACUAUAUUGAGCGCUCGGAUUCACACGUGUAUUCAAGAUACCGACAGAAACAAGAACGACUUGUGUAACGAGCUGCUCGAUCCAUUAAAGCCUAAAAAAUGUCCGUAUUACACCGAGUUAAAUAAAAAACCUACAUUAUUUAGCAAUCUUGAGACACCCUGGGACAUAGAAGACUUGGUUUCGAUGGGCAGAGCGCAUAAGGCUUGCCCAUAUUUUGGUGCGAGAGCAUUGAAGACCGAAGCAGAAAUCAUCUUUUGUCCUUACAAUUACAUCGUGGAUCCACAUAUUCGCGAAAGCAUGCAGAUUAGUCUGAAAGGAAAUAUCGUAAUUCUCGAUGAAGCCCACAAUAUCGAAGAUUUUUGUCGGGAUGCUGCCAGUGUAAAUCUCAAAGAUAGCGAUCUCACAAAUGCCGCCGAUGAUUGCAUGCUUCUUUCGAAAAAGCGUCCAGAGUAUUACAAGACUUACUUGACCAUUCAUACGUAUCUUACUGAUAUUGUAAAAUUCCUUCAAGAUGUUGGUCUUAAAGAUAAUAGUAACGCAUGGGAAAUGGUCAGCGAUUGCUGGUCCGGCACUGAAUUUGUGGAGCUGCUCAACAUAAAAAAAAUUGGACGUGCUAGAUUUCCCGAUUUCUUCGCCGCUAGUAAAGCGAUUAUUCGAGAUUACGAAAUAAUGUACGAAAUUACCCGCGCGGGUCAGCCUACCACACUGAAGCCCACUAUCUCGCAUGAGACUAAGAAAAUUCUUGAAUAUCUCUAUUUUGUUCUGGAAAAAAUUGAAUCGGAUAUGUUCGUUGAUGACUACAGAGUGUAUGUUAUAGAAAUGGAAGCAGUUACUAAAAAGAUUGUACCCGAUAAUGUUUGGAUUUCAAAGGAGAAGAACAAGAACAGAGUGCGAAUUAUGAAACUGAUAUGCAUGAAUCCUGCUGUGACUUUCGUACCUCUGGCCCGCACCGCUCGUUCUGUGAUACUUGCUUCGGGUACUUUAACGCCGACUUCGUCGUUCGAAGGUGAGCUCGGCACGCGAUUCCCACAGAAGCUCGAUGCCGAUCACAUUAUAUCGAAAGAUCAAGUGUAUGUAAGAUGUAUACCGAAAGGGCCGACAAAAAAAAUUCUAAAAGCCACUUAUGAAAACGUGAACACAUUCACGUUUCAGGACGAACUGGGUGAACUGAUUCUUCAAGUGUGUGAUGCAGUACCCUAUGGAGUACUAUGUUUCUUUGCAUCUUAUACCUUAAUGAACACUCUACGUAACAGAUGGAUGAAUAAUGGCAUAUGGGAAAAGCUCUUAAAAUUGAAGAAAAUUUUUACAGAACCGAAAGAAAGUCAGAAGCUGCCGUCGGUCAUGGAAGCGUAUCGCAAUACAAUUAAGGAGUCGUCAUCUAAAUCCUUUCGAGAAGCAUCCGGAGCUAUUUUGUUUGCAGUCUUCCGGGGAAAAGUGGCGGAAGGAAUCGAUUUCAGCGACAACGAGGCUCGAUGCGUAUUAGCCAUCGGCAUACCGUAUAUGAAUAGCAGCAAUGUGGAUAUACUAAUGAAGAAGGAAUAUAAUGACUCAAACAAAUCCACCAAAGGCUUGCUAUCUGGUCGUGAGUGGUAUAAUGUGAAUGCAUUUAGGGCGCUUAAUCAGGCGAUAGGCCGUUGCAUUAGGCAUAAAAAUGAUUGGGGCGCAGUACUCCUAGUGGAUCAAAGAUUCCAGCUGUCCCAAAAUAUUCAUUAUCUACCAAAGUGGGUUAAAACAAUGUGGAUGCAUAAUGAGAAUUACGAUCUUCAAACAGAACUUGAAGAUUUCGUAGCGAUACAAGUUGCACGUGAAAAGGGGGAACAAUAUCUUAAGGAAAAAAAAGAAAAAACGUCAAAAGAUUAAGAAAUUUUUAGAAGAGAUUUUUUUUAGAUAUUAUAUGCUAG